AUGAGCGUGACGAAGGAUGAGGUGCACGAGUUUCUCAGCUCGAUGUUUGUAAUAGAGCGGCAACAAUUGGCAGACAGCACCGUGCACGGCUGUUUGCCUGCAGUAAAAGGCUCCAGCAUCCCCCUGAAGCUUCACCCCCGCGUGGAAGCUUCCUUUCCGGUCGGCAUCCGGGCCCACGGUGCGGAGCAGGUCGCAGCCGCGCUCGCCACAUACCGGGCGCUACUGGCAGGCGUCGUCUCUAUUGAAGUGUUUGAUGUGGUGGUGUCAGGGGACAAGGCGCUGGUGGUGGGUGAGCAGCUGGUGCGCAGCUUCCUGGAAGACGCGGCGCAGGCGCUCGGCCGCGCGCUGCCGCCGUGGAUCGUAGCCGCGGCCGCGGCCGGGCUGCCGUCUGUGCAGGACGGGCGCGUGCCGACGGCGGUGUCGCUGUCCCUCGGGAAAAACGACGCGGGCGACCCCGUCGUCACCCACAUGGCUGUGGUGUUCAGCCUUCCCGCAGCCCUCUGCCCCAACCUCCGCCUGCCGCCCUGGCAGCAGCGGGCCGCCAAGUCGGCGGGCGACGCCGCCCUGCGGCUGCUGCGCGGCGCCGGCGCCGCGGCCGCGGUGGUGGAGGACAUUUGGAUUGCCGCAUCGGCCGCCUACCGCGCCGGCGCGGCGGCGGGCGGCGCCGCGCUCGACGGCGCCGCGGCGCCGGCUGCGAUCGUGCUCGAGGGGCUGCAGAGCGCGGCGGCCGCGGCGGCGGCGGUCGCGUGGGCGCGGGUGGCGGAGGGGUGGGGGGAGCGGGGCAAUAUUGCACUCCCGCCGGCGGGCGCCGCGGCGGCGGUCGGGCGGUGA